CCGCGCGAUCCAACGCCAGUCUUACGCCCAGACUCCAUCGAAGAACUCCUUCCUGUUAUUGUUGACCCCGUUAUUGUAUUGUCCAUUCACCACCCUCCACAACCAAAAUGGAUGAGUUGCCGCCAGAACAACUCGCAGUCUUGAAGAAAGCUUUUGAAGCAUUCGACAGUCAAAAAUCAGGAAGCAUACCAUGUGAUAUGGUGUCAGAUAUUCUUCGUCUUAUGGGUCAACCAUUCGAUAAAAAAAUCUUGGAGGAACUCAUCGAUGAAGUAGAUGCAGAUAAAUCUGGAAGAUUAGAAUUUGAAGAAUUCGUAACAUUAGCCGCAAAAUUCAUAGUAGAAGAAGAUGAUGAAGCCAUGCAAAAAGAAUUAAAAGAAGCGUUCCGUCUUUAUGACAAAGAAGGCAACGGUUACAUCAAAACGUCGAGUUUAAAAGAAAUUCUAAGGGAGUUAGAUGAUCAACUGACGGACAAAGAAUUGGAUAUGAUGAUUGAAGAAAUUGAUACUGACGGUUCGGGGACCGUCGACUUUGAUGAAUUCAUGGAAAUGAUGACAGGAGAAUGAAAACGCAAUCAACCUCCAAUCCGUGCAUUUUAUUUUUUUAGCUCAAACAACACAAAAGUUCAAAUCGAUCGCAAGAUCUCCAUCUCAUCCUAUUACUACACAGUUCUGAUUAAAUUGAUUCCUUCGAAAAUUUGUACCGUCAUUGAUAACAAUUUAUUCAUAUUUUUUUGUAAUAAAUUACACUUACAAGGAAAAACCGCGGUGUAACGUUUAAAUAGAAUUAUUAUAAUUAUGUUGGCACACUUCUAUUAUGUAUUGAUAAUAAUAAAAUUUACGUUUUAAGUA